GUCAUUUAAUUUUUUCGACUUGUUGUGCCAAUUUGUUCGGACGGCAAAGGAUUGAGCCAUGCAAACUGCUCAGCCGGUACUGAGCUUGAGACCCGGCGGCGGCGGCGGCGGCGGCGGCGGAAGUAGUUUGUUCGGCUCCCGCUUCGUUUCCUCUUCGGCUUCCAGUUUUGAUCCCACUGGAUUCCGCCGUCUCGGUGGUUCCCCGGCUGUUCCUCGCUCCAAGAAUGGAGAAUCUCUUCAUAAAGCCCAUGGAUGCGUACGUUACACGCGAGACCAGCUGCUUGAACUACGGAAGGCUGUUAAAAUCCUGGACAGUGUUCUGAAAGCCAAACAAGUAGUUGAAUCUGAGCUAUUUGGCAAAGAUGCCGAUCAUGGCCGUGUGAAGAGCUAUUCUUCACAUGGCCAAUCCCAAACUCAAUAUGCUGUGCCUGAUAAUCGCGACUGGGGGAACCAAUCUGUUAAGCAGGAAUUUAUUAGGAGAGAUCAUAUAAACUCACAGUCGGCAACAUCCCAUAAAUCUCCAAACCAAGUGGGAGGAGGACCAACUGCUGCUCUAAUUAAAGCGAAGGUACCAUGGUCUGCAAGAAGAGGCCAACUGUCUGAAAAGGAGCGUGUUUUAAAAACUGUUAAGGGCAUACUUAACAAGCUGACUCCAGAGAAGUUUGAUCUCCUUAAAGGCCAUCUUAUAGAGGCCGGCAUAUCUAGUGCUGAUAUUUUGAAGGGUGUGAUUGGGUUGAUAUUUGACAAGGCUGUUUUGGAGCCAACAUUUUGCCCAAUGUAUGCCCAAUUGUGUGCUGACCUCAACGAGAAGCUACCGCCAUUCCCUUCUGAUGAACCUGGCGGGAAGGAAAUAACGUUCAAGCGAGUUCUCUUAAAUAACUGUCAGGAGGCCUUUGAAGGGUCUGACAAUCUGCCGGAAGAGGUCAAACAGUUGACCUCUCCCGAUCAGGAGUCCGAAAGUAGAGAUAAAGAAAGGUUGGCCAAACUGCGCACUCUUGGUAACAUCCGUCUUAUUGGGGAGCUUUUGAAGCAAAAAAUGGUUACAGAGAGGAUUGUUCAUCACAUUGUUAAGGAACUUUUAGGGUCAGAUAUGGAAAGCUGCCCGGAAGAGGAGAAUGUUGAAGCUAUCUGUCAGUUCUUCAAGACCAUUGGGAAACAGAUUGAUGAGAGCAAAAGGUCAAAAUGCAUCAACAACACAUACUUCAACCGAAUGAAAGAACUGUCAACAAACCCAAACAUGGCUGCACGGCUGAGAUUCAUGAUCCGUGAUGUUCUUGAACUGCGUGCAAAUAACUGGGUCCCGCGGCGCGAAGAGGUCAAAGCCAAAACCAUCACUGAGAUCCACUCAGAGGCAGAGAAGAACAUGGGGUUGCGUGCCGGUUCUACUGCAAGUCUAAGGAUUCCUCGUGGACCUAGCCCUGGAAUGAGUAAGAUGCCGGGUAUGCCUGGACUUGAUAUUGCACCAGCUGGACGAGCUCAACCGCCAUUACUGAAUCUGAGUAAUCCUGCCCGGGGCAGUUGUAGCACCAUACAUGGAUAUGUCAUGGAGCAAGCAUCCCGAUUGAAUCCGAAUAGUCCUGACCGGGGCAGUUGUGGCAUCAUACAAGGAAAUAUGAUGGAGCAAGCAUCUCAGUUGAAUCCGAGGAGUCCUGCCCGGGGCAGUUGUGGCAUCAUACAAGGCAAUGUCAUGGAGCAAGCAUCCCGAUUGAAUCCGAGUAGUCCUGACCGCGGCAGUUGUGGCAUCAUACAAGGAAAUAUGAUGGAGCAAGCAUCUCAGUUGAAUCCGAGGAGUCCUGCCCGGGGCAGUUGUGGCAUCAUACAAGGCAAUGUCAUGGAGCAAGCAUCCCGAUUGAAUCCGAGUAGUCCUGACCGGGGCAGUUGUGGCAUCAUACAAGGAAAAAUCAUGGAGCAAGCAUCUCAGUUGAAUCAGAGGAGUCCUGAAAGGGGCAGUUGUGGCAUCAUACAAGGAUAUGUCAUGGAGCAAGCAUCCCAGUUGAAUCCGAGAACUUCUGCCCGGGGCAGUUGUGGCAUCAUACAGGGAUAUGUCAUGGAGCAAGCAUACCAAUUUCCUGGCUCAAACCGACAUUCACAAUCUACAUCUGCUUCUGGAUUUGCAGAAACGGGAAAGCACUGUUGCGAAUCCAAAGGGACUCCGAAUGGCACUGCAGAAACCUUCAACCCGGUAGAGCUCAAAAAGAAAACUGUUGCACUUUUGGAGGAAUACUUCAGCUUCGGGCUCUUGGAGCAAGCGUUGCGGCGCAUCGUAGAACUAAAUGCCACGUCACACUUCCCCGAGGUUGUGAAUGACGCAAUUGCCCUUGGCUUAGACAAGAGCCCGCCUUGCGUUGAGCACGUGUCAGAACUCCUCGAGGUCUUGCACGCUAUGAGGAUAUUUUCUUCCGAGGAUUUGGGCAAUGGGUGCAUGCAAUUUGCUGGCGUGUUGGACGAUCUUGCCAUGGAUUUGCCAAAAACACCCGCCGGUUUCGGGGGUAUUAUUGGAAGGCUGGUUUUGUGUGGGGGAUUGGACUUUGGUGUGGUGAAGGAGAUCAUGAAGAAGGUGAGGGAUGAGAUGUACAGGAAAGAUGUGUUCUCUGCUGCAAUGGCUGUGGUGAAGUCUUCUUCUCCAUCAUCUGGCAAAGUGAUCAUAGAUUCACAGGCAAAUGAUAUUGGGGCAUGUCAGAAUUUAUUCAGUUGAUCUUAUUUAAUUAUUUUUUAUUUUUGUUAAAGUAGGUAGACAAUAUAGUUUUAUGGGAAUCAUUGGAGUUAUUUAUACAAAUCAUUUCUUUCAUAUAUGCAAAUAUGCAAUUGAUUUGGCAAGCUUUUGUAGAACUGAAAAUAUCCACAUAGGUUUUGGUUAUUUUUUAGUGUUAAAUAGACAACUUUAUCCUAACAAAUUGGGUUAUAAAGA